AUGAUUGUCACCACUGAACCGCCUUUGGUUAUUGAACAUCCUUCGAGAAAAGUCGCGUACAGGCGCUCGACAACCCUCCACGGUCGAUCCAACGUCCAUUUUCGAGAUAGAAUGGUCUCGGCACGAACUUUCUCUGGCGCCAUCUUCUGUAUUCGUAUUUUUAUCCUGGUUCGUCUCGGUUUCUUCUCAUAAACUCCAUAUUAAAGGAAAAUUGGUGGAACAGUCCUUUUGAGAGAAAAAAAUAGAUUUUUUUUUAGUUUUGUCCACAAGUAGAGGUUGAUGGAAUCUGAUCAGAAAGCUGUGAAAAUCAUUAAUUCAGAAUAUUUUCUUGAAAUUUGAUAAAAUUUUUUUCCUGCUGUUCGUUCUUAUGGUCCAUUUGAGAACUUUGAAAAAAGGGUUUAUGAUCCUGAAGCUGGGGUAGAAUCCUAAAUCCUAGUUCUUGCUAGGAAGGUUUCACAGAGCGAAGACUAGAAAAAAAGGUUUUUUUUUAAUUGGGAGGAAAAAUUAUUUUUCUCUAUUCAGUUUCUUUCCUCAGUUUGGGUUCGAAAAUUUUGAAUUCGGAAGUUUUUGAAAAUUUUUUUACAGCCUCGCGUUUUAAAAACCGAUUCGAUUUUUUUCCGGCUUUCCGAAAUUGUCGAUUUUUUUCUAAAGUGUGAAGCUCAGCUACAGAACUUUCUCAUCUCGAAGAUUUAGUUAGAUUUUUCGUUGUUGAGUUAUCUUUUUGUAUUUUAUCUGUCAAGGAAAAAAAUCCAGAAGAAAAAAUUAUGAGGAAGAGCUUAGCGUAAAAAAAUGAUAAGUGCGUGCGUAACAUUUAUAUGACCACUUGAAAUUGAUAAAUAGAGAAUUUCAAUCUUUGUGAACAAGUAGCAAGUCCUGGAAAAUCGAGCCAAGAAUUUUUUCUUUGUAGAAACAAACUUUCAAUGUCGAAAUAUGAUCAUAUAAUCGAGAAAAAAAGGUGCUAAGAAGCAUUUUCAGCGUUUUUUCUUUAGUUUAUUUAUCACUUAAAAAGACCUGCUAGGGAUAAAUUAUCAAAAUAUUAUUAAAAGUUCAAAUACAUACAAACCUCGGAAUCAUCGAAUAAACAUUUUUCAGAUUCUCGCGAUCGUUGCGAUGAUAUUGAUCUUAACAGCGCCUGGAGCCUGCUUCUCCAGAUAUCUCAAUGGACAAGCCAUCAGCAGAGAGGUUCGAUUAAUGAUAAGAAUCUUUAUUAGUCAAAAAACUGAUUCCAGAUUUGCCCAGGGCAAAACAGUAUAUUCCCGAUGAAUGCUGAUCGGUGGAGCAACGCCUUGCAUUUCCAGGGAAGGGGUCAAAAGUUCGUUUUUCUUCUUAAAGCUUCAAAAAGUAUCGAUAGGGAUUUUCAGAUAGCCGGAAAAAUAUUUUGUUUGAAUUUGGACACUCAAAAAAUGAGUGAAAAUCUUGAAAAACAUUUUUCUUUGGCUUUUUUUUUCAGUAGAAAAAUGUCUCGAAAUGCUUUUAAUUUUGUUUUUUGUGAUUUUUAAUUUUUUGAUAUUUUUUAAAACUUAUAAAACACAGCAGUACUUCUUGAGCAGGGUUUUUCAAAAAAUUUUAGGUUACUGUAAAAUUUUCUUGAUAAUCGUGCCAGGACCAUUCCUAUCAAAAAUCUAUUGAUUUUUGUGACAUUUUGACAAGCAACAAAAUGAUUCCUUAAAUGGUGAUAGUCUAAAAUUCCAUUAUUUCUUCAAGAGGUCACUAUAGAGGAUAGGACUCGAUAGUGGUCACUAAAGGGCUUUUUAAAAGUUUUUGGCGAUCUUUAAAAAAAUAAUUUAUUGGUCUUAAAUUUUCUUGAAUUCAAAACAGAAGUCUUUUUUCCAGUGUCUACGGACAAGUGGCCUUGAUCUGCAUAACCCUGGUUUUCGCCUUGAUUACGGUAGCUGCCAGUUGCAUACAAUUGGCUUCUGGCCAAUAUUUGACCUACGCAGUGAGUUUUCCAUGGUUUCUUGUGAAUUCGGCUUUUUUAUUUUUAGCUUCAAAUUGUUUUUUUUUUCAGGCAGCAAAAUAUUUAUUGGUCCAUAUACGGUUUUUAGCUUUAAACCUUGGGAAUUUUCCAGCUCGUUUAGAUUUUUGUAGGGGUUAUUAAAGGAGCAUGGAGGGUUUCUACAAAGGUCUCAAGGUGAUUAGCUUUUUUCCGUGUUGUUUUGAACAAACUGCGCUUUUUUUCAACGCUUUCGGACGAAAAAAAAAAAAAGCCCAGUUUUAUUUUUUUAAUAAAACCGUAAUUUUCAUAAACUUCUUGAUAUUCAUCCAGUCAGACUUAAGAAUUUUUUUAAAUGGAGCCAAAAAAAUUUUUUUCAUAAGAUUUUGAGACGAAAAAAAUUGUUUUCAUUGUCAUUUUUUUACCAUGUAGGAUUUUUAGAACGGGUUUUAGAAUGGAUUUUUAAGAAAAACAGCAUUUUUUUCUCCGAUAAACAGUCCUUUAAUUUGUUUUUUUCCACUUUUUUUAAAAAUUUUUUUGAAGUCUAGUCAGAUUUUGAAAGAGCUGUGAAAUCAGAUUUCUUUACUGGGAUCUUCAAUGAAGAGAUUUUGAGGCGAAUAACCGUUUUCAAUUUAUAAUUUGAGCCAUGAAAAAAUUUAGUAAGAUCUUUUCAACAAUUUUAUCAAAGAGUCUAAUUUUUACUUCCAAAAACCGUUCCAAUCAAUUUUUCGAUCUCUCCUCAUUCAUUCUUUAUAUAAACGUCCAAAGUGAAGUCAAAAAAAACGAGAUUGUUCAUUGUAUCGAAUUUCGGUGGUUUUUGGCAUUGUUGCGUCGCGUUUUGAGUCAUAAUCGCUUUGUAAUCGCGUAACUCUGCAGCGAAACGGGAGAGAAAGACCAGUUUGUACUGGACCGGUAGCAUUGAGAGGGAUUCAUGUUUACUUGUGAAUAUAAAUUUCCUCUUUUUUGAGGCUAUUCAGUCAAGUUGUUAAAGUUUUCGGGGAACACACGAUGAGUAGUUGAGGGUUUAGAGAGUUUUUGAUGAAGAAAAAAAUUUACGAGGAAGGGAAAAGUAUACUUAAGCUCCUUGUUGGGAAAUUUUUCAGGUUUAGGUUUUUCAUCAAAGAAGAGUUUCAAGUAGAAUUAAAACACCAACAUGAACAGGAGAUGAAGGGAACUUUCUAUGAGUUCUGGCUGAAAGAAAAGUUGGAUUUGAAUCUUUAAAGGUUCUGAAAAAGGUUUUUAAACAGGUAUCAAUACUUUAACCUGGCUGGAACCAUUUCAAGCAAAACAUGUUACGCCUUCUUCUCUAAAAGCUGAUAGGUGCUGUUAAAAGACGUUUUUCAAGAAUACAUAAUUCAAAGUUCGAAAAGAGAAGUGAGUGGGAGGCUUCAAAUAUACUUUAAUAGCUGAAAGUAGAAAAGUAAAUGUUCAUGUCGACAUUUUCGAAUUUCAGUUGAUACUCAUCGACCUUCUAGUCGCCGUAGAAAUACAGAUGUAAACCCUGAAGCAAAAUAUAGAUGUAAUUCUACUUAUCAGGAUCUGGAAACUGGCUGGAAGGCUAGAGAGAAAAAGGAAAAAAGGCUGGAACUAGAAAAACGACUCAGAAAGUAUGCUUAUGGUCAGGAAAAAUUUAGUUUUUGAGCUUUUUUGAACCGAAAUUGGAUAUAUUUUUAAAUGUAAGAGCUCAUGUCUAGGGAUUAAAGUUGAAAGACGUGAUUAGAAACUCGAAUUCCUGACCGGAAAUGAUCGAAUUUUCUCGGAGAAUGUUUUCUUUUUCUAUAGCAGAGCUUUUUUUUGGUUUCGCAAUCUAUCAAAGUGAAUAAGAAGCUCGACUUGAUAAUUUCAAUUUCAAUUUAUUCAGUCUUCAGAAUAAAAUGUAGAAAAUCUCUGUUGUAUCAUGGUUUAACCGAAGAGUUAGUCGUCGGUGCGGGUUACGGUCCACAAUCGCUGUCCAAUAAGUCCUGGCGUGACAGAUAGGUUCGACUUGAUAAAAUUUAAUUUUUUCACAUCGAGAGUCAUCCUGAGAACAAUGUUCUUUUCCAUCUUCAGAGUGGAAAAUCUCCAAAUUCCUAUGAGCAAAGUUCGAUUUGAAAAUAUUUCCAGCAGCUUUUUGCGUCCGGCCUGGCGCUGAUCGCUUUCAUCGUGUGUGGAGGCGUCGAAACUUGGUACGCGACUGGGUUUGAUCACAUGGAAUUCUUUAUUCAGGUACAAUUAUUCGAAAAACAUGAAUUUGUUUAUUUCUCGUUUAGGCCGUAGGAAACGGCGUUUUUUCUGGUUGCGCCGGUCUUCCUGGCUGUCAAAUUGAGUUCGUUGUUAAAGGAUGGGCCGUUGCGGCGGUUCGUUUUCUUUUUUUCGAAUUUUCAAAUCUUCACGAUCAUUCUAAAGUAUUCCUUUCGUGUACAAAACUGACCAUAAAGGUGUUGUAAAACGGUUUUGUGGACAUAACUUCUCUGAAUGUAGUCCAAAUAUUCUGAAAUUUCGCAGAGAUUUUAAACAGCAGUACAAUAUCUUAUAAACUUUCAGAGAAGUAAAACAUAGUAAAACAAGGCUUUCUUGAAAAAAUCUAUAAAGCCCUCUUCCAACCUGAAAGUACAAGUCAUACUUUUAUGGGCAGUUCCUUACCUUGGAAUUUUAGUGGGAAAAAAAAUCAAACCAAAAAAAUGACUUUUUCAGGCUUUCUACUUCCUCGGCGCGUUGCUUUUCCUCGUCGACAUGGUCUUGGUGUUCUUCUCCAGAGAAAAGUGA